AUGGCCCGUACGAAAGGAGUCUUCUCCUGGGAGGAUGUGCUGGUUCAGCGAUAUCAGAGCAACAAACCCCCUCCACUUCCCUGUGUCCAAACAAUAGCCUUCUCCUCACAACUCCAAAGCCGACUCCUCACUCGGCUAUCACCGGAGCUUCGGCUAAUGAUUUGGGGAUUUGUCCUGGCAGAUCAAAGAAUCCACAUCAUCCAAUGCAGCAAGCAACGACUCGGGCACGUGGUAUGUCAAUGUGCACUCGAGAAGUCACCCCCAAAGCGCCACACUCGCCAGAACAACUUAUGCGAGAUUUGUCAUGGCACCGGCAUCUCCCAGCCGGCCAAAGACGCUGAUCUCGUGCGCUGGAAUAAGGUGAAGCUACUGAGUCUGGCGUUGACUUGUCGGCAGAUAUACCACGAGUCAAUCCCUCUCCUCUACACCCUCCCAACUCUAGAAUUCAGUAACCCCUGGACCCUCCCAUACCUCCUCCCAACGAUCCCACCAGAACACCGGGACCGCAUACGCGCCAUCGAGCUCCGCUGGUCUUUCCCAGGCCACUGGCUACCGAGCAAAGACUCCGUACGCGCCGUGUACGUGUCCGCCGGACGGGCACAGUGGGCCGAGACAUGUCGCGCGGUAUCGCAGCUAGGGUCCCUGCGGUCAUUUGUGCUCAUUCUAGAGAGCAAUUGGUUCAGCGAACCUGUUGAGAAAUUGGCUGGGUUCUUGGAGCCGUUGAGGGGGAUGGUUGUUCGGCCUGUUUCGAGACGGGGUUGGGAUUGGGAUUGUAAGAGGGAUGAUGUGGUUGUGGAGCUUAAUGGGGGCAAUUGUGGGGGUCGGUUUCGGAUCAGGGAUCUCGGGUUCGGUGAUGGAUUUAGUUCCGAUGAGGACUCUUGUACGAGCUUGGGGUCUGAUUCUGGUUCUUUUUCUUCCGUUGUUGAUUCGGUUACGGCUUCUGGGUCUCGGGGUAGCUGGGAACUGAGGCUUCAGGGUCAGUCUUAUUAUUUGCAUGAAUUGGACCGCAUAGGGGUGGAUCUUCGGCGGAGGGGCAUAGACUGCUGGAUAUCAGCGGUGUGA